AUGGAGGUGCAGAAUCAGACCACAGUGACUGAGUUCAUCCUGACUGCCUUCCCUGCCCUCCACAAGCUGCAGGUUUUCCUCUUUGCGGUUCUCCUGGUGACUUACAUGCUUACUCUAACAGGAAACGGGGUCAUCAUCUCCCUAAUAUGGGCUGAUAAUCGCCUCCAAACCCCAAUGUACUUCUUCCUCAGUAAUUUGUCGUUUUUGGACAUUUUAUACACUACCUCGGUUACCCCAAAACUGCUGGCCUGUCUCCUAGAGGACAGGAAGACCAUCUCCCUUGCAGGCUGCAUCACCCAAACAUACUUCUUUUUCUUCCUGGGGACAGUGGAAUUUAUCCUCUUGGUGGUGAUGUCCUUUGACCGCUAUGUGGCCAUCUGCAACCCCCUGCGCUAUACCAUCAUCAUGAACAGCAGGGUCUGCCUCCUGCUGGUCCUGGGCUGCUGGGUGGGGGCCUUCCUGUCCGUGCUCUGCCCAGUUAUUCUGCUGUCCAGGUUGCCUUUCUGCUCUGAGGAGAUUAAUCACUUCUUCUGUGACAUCGCCCCUCUCCUACAGGCGGCUUGCAUCAACACUCAUUUCCUUGAGAUGAUAAGCUUCCUCUUGUCUUCCCUCGUCCUCCUGACCUCCCUGGUGCUCACCACCGUGUCCUACACCUACAUCAUUUCCACCAUCCUGCGCAUCCCCUCCGCCCAGGGACGUCAGAAAGCCUUCUCCACCUGUGCUUCCCACAUCACCGUCGUCUCCAUUGCCUACGGGAGCAACAUCUUCAUGUAUGUGAGGCCCAGCCAGAAUCAUUCCCUGGAAUUCGACAAAGUGACAGCUGUCCUCACCAUAAUGGGGACCCCUCUUCUGAACCCCUUCAUUUAUAGUCUAAGGAAUGAAACAGUGAAGGAAGUUUUGAGAGAUGCAGGCAACAAAAUUAUGUCUUUAUGGCACCAGAAACCUUGAAACCUUAUUGCACAGGAAACCAUGAAACUCUGUUUGCUAAGAAUGGCAUCUUCGAGUUACCUUGUGUGGCAGUGAGUAAAGGAUCCGGCAUUGUCGUUGCAGUGGCUCUCGUCUUUCACACGCUGCAGACGCAGCUGGGAAAAAAAAAAAAAAAAGGAAUGGCAUUUUCAAUUCUUGGACACAAUGUGGAGAAAGGCAUGCUCAGAGACCAUAGCAUCAAGACAUGUGGAAAGAGGAGUUCCCGUUGUGGCUCAGCUCAGUGCGAACCUGACUAGUAUCCAUGAGGAUACAGGUUCCAUCCCUGGCCUUGCUCAGUGAAUUACGGACCCAGUGUUACUGUUAUCCGUGGUAUAGGUUGCAGAUAGGGCUCGACUA